AUGAAUUCCAUGACCUCCGCUACAAGCCAGCUGACCUCGACGACCGAUGCCGAGCCCGGCAAGGACGAUGUGAAAGCUGCCCGCCCAUCCUUGGAAGCUGCGAUACCCGAAGGUUCCGAGGCUCCUACUCCGGCGGGCGAGAUGGAUUUGGAGGAAGAAGAGGAUGAGUCGCCGGAGUACCGGCGGCUCUAUGCCAGGAUGGAGGCCAAGAUCCGCCGAAUGUGUACUCCGAGCAAUGUGUCGGGACGCACCACGGCGAGUCCAGAUCUGAUCCGAGAUUGGAAAGAAAAGGGGAAGAAGGUUCAGAAGGUGAAGGAGUUCUGCGAGAAGCACGGCUUCGUACGGAAGAACCAGUACGACGAGGAUGAGACGGAGUACUGGGUGGACUUCAGAACUGAAGGUUCUCGUGGGACCAACGAGACUGACGGCUUGCUGGAGUCUCGGAGCGCGGACGUCACCGGGGCUGACGGCCUCAUGAGUUCUGGGUUGGACGAAGCUCCAAUGCCGGAGCUUCCUAUGGGUGGGGCACAUGCGCCAGGGAUGCGGAAUGAGAAGGAGCAGGACAGCUCCAAUACACUGAUCGAGAGGUUUAUCUAG